GGCUGGAUUAAGAAGCAUAUAUUCUCCUGGGCCUAAAAGUAUGAUAAAGAAUCGCAAAGACUGAGCUCGAUAACCAAGCUACAUGCGUGUUUAUUCAGCCAGUGAAGGGCCACAAUAAAAAAAAAAAAAAAUGCUGGGUAUCUUGAAGAGGGCUGUAGUGCACAUGCGCAGUAGGACAGUUUCCAUAGCGCUGCGACGACCUGCUGAGUGAGUUGAUUCUUCAACUUCUGACUCACGUCCAUCGGUGACAAUUCCGAGGACACCGGAGCAUUUUAUAUCCACAUCUACGGGUUACCUUUUUUAAAUUGUUUUGCGUUUUCCUGGUGGUGUGUUUUUGGCCAUCAUGUAAAUUUGACUUUACUGAAGCACCUGCCCGGCUGUCUAACUAAUUAUGGGAUAUCAAGCGGUGGAAAUCUCCGUCUGUAUACGAACAGGAGCUGUUAUUGUUUAAAUUCUAGGGUCGCCUUCUUCCACCGGAAAAAAUGAACUGCUUCAGUAAAAGGCUGAGACGCACAUCUCCCAUGCGCGGCACCAGUAGGAAUGAACUGGUCCCCUCCAAGCCUCCCAGGAUGAACGGGUGGUCGUGGCCCCCUCAGGCUUUGCAAGUGGUUGGCUGGCUGCUGUACAGCUACCUCGCCAUAGUCAGCUUCGGCAUCUACAUCCCUCUUCUGCCUCCGCCGUGGAACCAUGUGACCUAUGCCCUGACAGCCAUCGCAUUUGUUGUACACUUUUUCACCCAUAUUGCUGCUGUGACUAUAGACCCAGCAGAUGCCAGUGUCAGGGCCAAACGGAGCUAUGCCAGUCCAAUGCCGCUUUUUGACCGGACAAAGCAAUCGCAUGUCAUCCAGGACCUACGCUGUUACCUAUGUGAUGUCAGAGUUGGCCCCAAAGUAAAACACUGCAGUGUUUGCAACAAGUGUGUGGAAGACUUUGAUCACCAUUGCAAAUGGCUAAACACCUGCGUGGGUGGCAGAAACUAUUGGUGCUUCUUUGUGGCACUGUCCUCUGCUACACUAGGUGUCUCCCUGCUCGUUGUUGUCAUCUUGUUCAUAUUUAUUCAGCAUUACCUGGAUCCAAACAGCUUACGGACCGCCCCGCAGUUUGACAGUAUACUGGGGAAUGGUACCUGGCUGGUGUUUUUACCUUUAGCACCCAUAAAGACUAGUUCAGCUGGACUCCUUAUAUUAGCCUUCAUAACAGUCAUGCUGAGCAUCACCUGUCUGCUGCUGCUCGGCCAUCUGCUUGGCUUCCACUUUUACCUCUUUUAUAAAGGAAUAAGCACAUAUGAUUACGUAAAGAUGCAGCGCCAGAAACAAGCCAGAAACCAAGACAUUGAAGCAGGAAAUCCACAUGAUGCGACAAUCAAUAACAAGGCCCCACAGAAUCUGGAGACUUCAAUUGACUGUGAACCAGCAUUAUCACAGAGUUCAAGUACCUGCAAUAUUGAUAAAGGCCCACUCAGCAGCCGGAUUUCUGAGUCCAUAUGUACUGAGUUGGAAAACUUUAGGAAAUCAGCAGAAAAGGAAAAUAGUUUCCAUUAUGGCACAGAAAACCCCACAGAGACAGCAAGGGAAAUGUGUAUGAGCGACAACAAAAGCUGGAAGCCUGGCACUGAAGAGGCUCAGAGCUCCCGUGUGAAGUCCGUUGACGGUGUUCCUGGAGUGCAGGACCCUCUGGGCAGCUCAGUGAUGACUCCAGAUGAAACUUAGCAGUAAAUCAAUGUCUGCAUGGCCAUUUGUGAGGAUAUGCUGCUCUGAGGAACUAUUUAUUAUGAAAAUAUGCUUCAUAAAACUGAACCAUGCAAACCACGGACCAUUAUUAAUGAGGACAGAGGACGUGCUGGACUUGAUCAUACAGUUUUAACACAUCGUGGAACAGUUUUUGUUUGUCCCGUACACAUUUUGUACACAGUCUGAACAAAUAUGGACCUGUAAUUGUAUUUUGUUCCUUUAUUAUCUACGCUACGUGUUUUUAUGACGACAGUUGAAUUAUUUAAAGCAUCGUUUUAUCUCACUGACUUAUGAGCCAAAGUCCAGCCCCACUUCCAGCCUCUGUUUCACUAGCCUGAGGCUGAUGGAUGGAUGGAUGUAUUUUGGUAUCUUCCUGGAAAAACUGAAACAUGAAACUGAGUUUACUGUUCAUAUAAGCCAAAUGGGUAUCAAGUACUGUACUGACAGUAACAUUUUUGCAUCUUUUACCUAAUGACCAAAGAGAGAAUUCUGUAUAUUCUUUAAGUGAAAGUAGUGGAGCAGACACUGGUUUGAAAAGGGGACAGCACAUAAGCUUUUUUAUUGCUGUUUUAUUAACUGUAGAUUUCACAAAGCUGGUGUUAUUCAGCAAUUGUUGUAGCAACAUUUUAUAGUAAAGAAUAUAAAUUUAAGCUUUCCUGUCUGCUCCAUUAUUUUUUUUAUUUUUUUAUUCUUUUUUAGCCAACGUGACCAGACAGUCGCACUAUAGACAGCAAAUGUCCCACCACGUCCAGCUUCUACCUCCUGUUUCUAGACUUUCGGUCUAUAUUCUUAGCUGAAUUCUUAUCGACUAGUUGAAUUUAUCCGCAAAUAUGAACACUCAUUCAUCAGCAACAGCUUUGUCUAUUAGUGGAGAGACGGAGACUCAUGUUGGGCCAAACACAAAGCUUUAAAGAGGGUGUUCGUAGAUGGAAAUCAAGGACAUGCAUGCAUUUAUUUCUGUUUGAGUCGUACAAGAUAGUACAUAGUAAAACAACCUUGAACAGAUCAGUGCAAGACACUACGUUUAAAUUUGUCAUAGUACAAUUUGUCACCUAAAAAUAUAUUUUCAGGCAAGUGAAAUUAAAUGGAUAUCAUGCCUGCUAAUCAUAUGUUGUCAAAGGAACUGCAGAAGAUUAUGGGGUGUGGGUGUUAGCUCACCUGGUAGAGCGUGCUCCCCAUGUACUUACCACAGCAUCAUGGACCAGUGGCCUAGGUUUGAUUCCAACCUGUGCUGGAUCCCCUCUCUCCCCACUUUCCUGUCUAUCUUCAGCUGCUCCUAUCUAAUAAAGGCAAUAAAAACUACAAAUAUCUUUUUUAAAAAGAUCACUGGGUGUAGCAGAAACAUUCUGUAGGCCAACAGGAAGGUAGAGGAAUGGGAUAAGAGCUGGAGAUUGAGUUCAUUCUGAAAGUAAAUUGGACGAAAAAAACAUACACAUUGAAUACACAUAACUAAGCAAUUUGAAAACAGCAAUAAAUUACCAAAGUAGAAGAUCGAAAGUGUUGCAGCAGAAUAAAUUCAAAAGAUCAGGAGCUCUGCAGUACUUUAACUCAACAGCACCUCAAGGCUUUUAUACUCAAGACUACAGGAUGUUUGGAUGGCCCUGGAUAGUGAGCUUAUUAUUGGUGACAUAGCAGAGAGCACAGAGCUCCUGCUGAAACUACUAAUUCAAUGAUGAGGUAGGAUUAUGUGUUUAUUUUCUAUUCUACUCUGUGACAUGUCUGUUCAUUGACAUUUCAUUCUUUUUACACACCCCUCAGAUUGCUGCUGCUGUGAUAUUUUCAGACCUCUUCGUGUUCCAGGAAGGAACUUCAUGUCAUUUGUGAUCCACCUUGCUGUUAUUGCAGAAGUUUUUGAAUUAUUUAUCUAUUGUAUUCAGGAAUUUGACAUAGGGGUUGUAGCUUACUUAAAUGUUCUCCAUGUAUCCUUGUUGUGUUUGUCCACCUGGCACAUAUUUUAACCAACAGAGAGCUGUGGAUGAUGGAGGAACAGGGAAUUGGGGUGUUUUGAGUGAAAAUUAAAGCAUUUUGUUUUCUUUUUUCCACAGUUACCUCCAUUAUUUCAGACUGGGCUGCCUGUGAUGUGACACACCUUAAAAUGAGUGAAUAUUGUGUAAUAAUUUAAUGGAUGCAAUUAAAUAUUGUUCUACAAAUUG